AUGCGCGGUGCCCUGGCGGCGGCGGCGGUUUGUUGUGGUCGCCAUUUUUUGUUGCAUUACUGGGAAAUCCCGGGGCGCGCGCAGGAGCCGCCCGACUGGACCGGGACCCGCCGCCGGGGGGCGCCGCCCGCAGCGGGACGGGACUGGGACCCGCCUCCGCCCGCGCCGGGCCGGGCCCGCCAGAGACCCCCCGCCAGGGCCGCUGCCGCAGGUGGCAGCAGCAGCAGUGCAGGAUGCCAGCUGCCGCCCGCCAGCCAGCCUGCCUCUCUGGGCGUCUCCCUUCCCACUGAGCCAAACAUGUCGAGCCAGCACGGUCAUGCCCCCUUCUCCAGCAUCCAGUCCAUGGCUGAUCACCCGCAGAUCCUGCCAGACCUGAGCGUCCUGCAGAGGCGAAUCCCCCUGACUUUCCGUGACUCGGCCACGGCGCCGCUGCGCAAGCUCUCCGUCGACCUCAUCAAAACAUACAAGCACAUCAAUGAGGUGUACUAUGCCAAGAAGAAGCGGCGGGCGCAGCAGGUGCCCCCCGAGGACUCGAGCACCAAGAAGGAGCGCAAGGUGUACAACGAAGGCUACGACGACGACAACUACGACUACAUCGUCAAGAGCGGGGAGCGCUGGCUGGAGCGCUACGAGAUCGACUCGCUCAUCGGCAAGGGCUCCUUCGGCCAGGUGGUGAAGGCGUACGACCACCACGACCAGGAGUGGGUGGCCAUUAAGAUCAUCAAGAACAAGAAGGCAUUUCUGAACCAGGCCCAGAUCGAGCUGCGGCUGCUGGAGCUCAUGAACCAGCAUGAUACAGAGAUGAAAUACUACAUCGUGCACCUGAAGCGCCACUUCAUGUUCCGGAGCCACCUGUGCCUGGUGUUCGAGCUGCUCUCCUACAACCUGUACGACCUGCUGCGCAACACCAACUUCCGCGGCGUCUCGCUCAACCUCACCCGCAAGUUCGCCCAGCAGCUGUGCACGGCGCUGCUCUUCCUGGCCACCCCCGAGCUCAGCAUCAUCCACUGCGACCUCAAGCCCGAGAACAUCCUGCUCUGCAACCCCAAGCGCAGCGCCAUCAAGAUCGUCGACUUCGGCAGCUCCUGCCAGCUGGGCCAGCGGAUUUACCAGUACAUCCAGAGCCGCUUCUACCGCUCGCCGGAGGUGCUGUUGGGCAUGCCCUACGACCUGGCCAUCGACAUGUGGUCUCUGGGCUGCAUCCUGGUGGAGAUGCACACGGGGGAGCCUCUCUUCAGCGGCUCCAACGAGGCAGACCAGAUGAACAGGAUUGUGGAGGUGCUGGGGCUGCCGCCCCCACACAUGCUGGAGCAGGCGCCGAAGGCCCGGAAAUACUUUGACAAGCUGCCCGAGGGGGGCUGGGCCCUCAAGAAGAACAAGGAGGUCAAAAAGGAAUACAAGGUGCCGGGCACACGGCGGCUGCACGAGGUGUUGGGGGUGGAGAGCGGCGGACCCGGGGGGCGCCGGGCGGGCGAGCAGGGCCACUCACCCUCGGACUACCUGAAGUUCAAGGACCUGGUGCUGCGCAUGCUGGACUACGAGCCGCGCAGCCGCAUCACGCCCUUCUACGCCCUGCAGCACAACUUCUUCAAGAAGACCAGCGAUGAGGGCACCAACACCAGCAACAGCAACUCCACCAGCCCGGCCAUGGAGCACAGCCACAGCACCAGUACCACCAGCUCCGUCUCCAGCUCGGGCGGCUCCAGUGGCUCUUCCAAUGACAACCGCAACUACCGCUACAGCAACCGCUACUACGCCAGCACGGUCGCCGCCCACACCGACUGCGAGAUGCAGAGCCCCCAGGCUCCUCCCCAGCAGCAGCAGCCGCGCCUCUGGGCCGGGGGGGAUGUCCCGGCGCCGCCCAGCGACGGCUACCCGCCGAUCUUACCUCACAAGCCCACGCCCAGCCAGCCAGCGGCACCGCACUUCCAUGGGGCGGGCCCGCACCCGCUCUUCCAGCCGGCCGGGCGCACCCACUACCACCGCCCGCCCGUCUCACCCCACGGCCCCGAGUGCAUGGAGCUGGGCCCGGGCCCCCGGCACCUGGACUGCGCCCCUUUCGGCUCGUCGGCCUUCCGGACUAGAGCGGCGGUGGGGGGGCGGGCGGGUGAGGGGGGGCUGCCGCUGGCCUACCCCCCCCACCUGCGCAGCCGGGCGGAGCCCGAGGACUCGGCGCCCAUGCUGGGCGUGUGCGUCCCGCAGAGCACGGCAGCCAGCUCUUGA